GCGCGGGCUCGGUGCUGGGGAGGACGCGCCCACCGCCCGCCCGUUCUCCGCGCAGCGGCCGGCGCGCUCCGUUUCUGGGCGGAAGCCGGCCGUGAGCCUAGGAAUUAAGCGGCCGGCGCGGGAAGGGGGCGGGGGCUGAGCGUGCGAGAACAAUAAUCCGAUCGCGGCUGCGGCUGCUGCCCGAGGAGGGGCUCGGAGGAGGCGCGAGGCCCGGCCCGCCGCGCCCGGAACCGGAGAGAGGCCGGCGGCGGCAUGAGGCAGGCUGCGCGGCGUCCGUGAGCGCGCGGCGGGCCGAGCCGAGGCCGGGCGCCCCUCCCCGCCGCCGGGCCGUGAUUUGCAGGCCCGCCGCGCCCCCCGCCCACCCCGCGCCCCCGCCGCCGUUCGCCGCUUCCCCUCGUCGGAGCGGCCGCCCGCCCGUCCGAGGCCGCGGGGUGGGGGGGGGCGGCCUGCGGGCGUCUUCGCGGCGAUCAAGGACGAUCGGGAAGGGGAGCGGCCGGGAUGGCGCGUCCGCGGCCCCGCGAGUACAAGGCGGGCGACCUGGUGUUCGCCAAGAUGAAGGGCUACCCGCACUGGCCGGCCCGGAUCGACGAGCUCCCGGAGGGAGCCGUGAAGCCUCCGGCGAACAAGUACCCGAUCUUCUUCUUCGGCACCCACGAGACCGCAUUUCUCGGUCCCAAGGACCUCUUCCCGUACAAGGAGUACAAGGACAAGUUUGGGAAGUCCAACAAGCGGAAAGGGUUCAAUGAAGGAUUGUGGGAGAUAGAAAACAACCCAGGAGUCAAGUUCACUGGAUACCAGGCCAUCCAGCAGCAGAGCUCCUCGGAGACGGAGGGGGAGGGCGGCAACACGGCGGACGCGAGCAGCGAGGAGGAGGGCGACCGGGUGGAGGAGGACGGCAAGGGCAAGAGGAAGAACGAGAAGGCCGGCUCCAAGCGGAAAAAGGCCUACGCUUCGAAGGUCGCGGCGCCCCCCGCGCCUGUUCUCAUUCACUGCAAAUCCUCUAAACAGUCCCGGAAAUCUCCAGGAGAUGAGGAUGACAAGGACUGCAAAGAAGAGGAGAACAAAAGCGGCUCGGAGGGCGGGGACGCCGGCAACGACACGAGAAACACAAGUUCAGACUCGCAGAAGACCAGCGAAGGGACCUAACCCCCGCCACGGGCGCGGCGCAGAGAGAAGCCGCCGAGAGGGCGUGCGUUUGCUUGUCUACUACACUCUCGGUUUCGUGCGAGCCGACGCGGCCCUCGUCGCCCCGACAGAGCCGCCGUGGGCGCGCACAUCACUCACAGUCCUCUCUGUCUGUGUUUAGGGGAAGGGAAGGAAAAGACGUUUUAGCCUUUUUUUAAGGUUGUUGAUUUAAUUUCAUGUUAUUUGGUUGCAUGAAGUUGCCCUUAACCACUAAGGAUUAUCAAGAUUUUUGCACAAACUUAAACAUGUCUAGGAUCCUUUUAUCAAGGCAGUCAUGUUCUUAACUCUCCUGCCUCGACUCCGCCAGCACCAGACACUCAGACGAAUACAAAUUUGCAUUUAAAAAAGUGGCCACUCCACACGAUGUGUGUCUCCUCUCUGCGGCAGAACCCGGGAGCCGGUUCCUAGACAGACGGUGUUGGCGUAUGGGAGAUGGAAUUGAAACCCGCUCUUCAUUUCUGAGGCCAUGUGUAAAGUUUGAUCACACUGUAAAAUAUCUAUUAUUCCGUAUUAGAAAUAGCCAGUUGACAGCUUAUCCUUCUCAGAGGUCCUGUCGUCAUGUCCACAAACUCAGUUUCUCCAUGUGAAAAGUCAGUGAGUCCUUCCAUGUUCCUCCCCCCUAAAGGCCACACUCCCCUCGGCCCCACUGCCACCCCGGUUGGAGCGCGUCCCUCGCGGUGGGUCCCGGCCUCUAGCGCUGGGGUCCCGCGGCAGCCCCACGGGAAACCAGACAGAGCGUCGGCCUUUAGAGAUGGGCUUUCCGGACGGCCUUGUUUCCUUUCGGAGUUAGAGUUAGAGUAGUUGCUCUCCACCCACGAACCAUUAUUCUGUGUACAUUAUUGUUGCUAUUGUGAUAAUAGAGAAUUUUAUUUAUUUUUAUGCCAGCUUCUAUUGUGAGGACACAUUUAGUCAGUUUGGGUUUUCUCCUCAAUCCUGUUAUGCUUGUCCUUGGAACAUAUUUCGCGUACUCGAGGUUUGUAGUUGAAAAGUUUACUGUAAAAAAAAAAUCAAAAACAAAAAAAAUGUAUUGUUUUUACAGAAUAAAUUUAUUGGAAUGUGUACCUGGGAGUAAGAUUUGAGGUUGUAAACAGCUAAGUUAGUGUAAUUUGGCUUCAUAUAUGUAAUGUGAGGUAUUAAUGUAAUUCAUAUAUUAAAGCAAAAUUUGUUAACAGCAA